AUGGAUUUCAGCUGUCUUUAUAAAUAAAAAGAGGUAAAAUGUUAGAUUAUUUCAACAUUUUAAAGUAAAAGUCAUGACGUAUUAACAAAUGAAUUCGAUUAUAAAGGUAUCUAUAAAGAUAUAAGUGGUAUCAGUAAUCUUUUGACUACUUUAUAACUGAUAGUGUGUAAUCCUGUUAGUUUAGAUAAGCAUGACAGCUAAAAUAAAAAUAAAGUUGCGGAGACUCUGUCUAAAUUUUUUAAUAUGGAGGGAUCUUAAGGUAGUAUUAUUUACUUUAAUGGUCAUGGAAACAAUAAUGGUGAUUGGAUUUUAAGCAACAAAGAAGAUAGAGACGAUUUAGAUUCACUAUAUGAUACAGAUCAAGUGAUGGAAUUUAAUGAACUAUAUAACUUAUACUGGAAAUAAAGAAAAAAUGCUGAAUAAAAUGAUCAUUUAUUUUUAAUUAUUGACUGCUGUUCUGCUAACAAAUGGGUUGAAAAAGCUAGGAAGUUCUAAGAUAUAUCAAUCAUUACAGCUCAAUAACAAAUAUAUUAAGAUAAAUAUGUAGCAAAAAUUUAAAGAAAUAUUGGCUCAUAUUUUACAAUCUAUUUCUGUAAUACAUUUAAUCCAGUAUAGGAAAAUCAAUAAAAGCUGAAAGAUUGUAUUUCAAAGAAAUUCUUAAAAAGUAUAUGCCCAAAAGCAUCAAAAAAAUGCCAUUAAUAAUUAUUUUGCAAACAUAAUCCAAUGGAAAUUUACUGUCAUAUGCCUUAGCCAUAAAUUCUGAAGAGUAAAUUUAAUUUUUAAAUAGAUGCAUAACUUAAAGAAUGGUCAGAACUAGAUACAAUCAGAAAAAAUCUUAUAAAUCAAUACCAUGAUAAUUCUACUGAAUAUUUAGAAAAUAUAUUUAGCUUAUACAGAGGUAAGAAUAGAGUAUCAGUGUUAGAAGAACUAGGAUAUGACUAAGAUGAAUGUAUUAAUCCCUAUUCUGUCCACUUCGUAAAUAUUAUCCUUUAUUUAGAUGAAAGGAGCUUUAAAGAUUUAAGUACUUAUUCUGAAAAUCAGAAAUAACAAAGCAGAAAAAUAACAUUUUAAUUUGAUGAUCUAUAUGAUUAGGCUAAAUAAGAUUAUUUUAAAAAAAUGAUAGGACUAAUAUCAAAAAGAGAUCAUGUUUCUAUUGAUAUGCGCUACUGCUAAAUUAACGAUGACUAAUUUAAAGUAAUAAUUGAUAGCAUAGUUUAAAAUUCAAAGGGUAACUUAAAAACGCUUGACUUAAAUGUUUCAUUCAAUUAGAUUACUUAAAAAUCAAUCAAAUACUUGUUCUAAAAAAUUUCAGAUGUAAAAUUUUAGAAUUUAGAGAAUCUAAUUUUGAAUUUUGCUUGGAAUUAAAUAAAUGAUAAUGAUAUUACUGAAGAAGAAGUUAAAAUUCCAGAAUUAAAUCAAUUAAAAUCUCUUUGCAUUUCUUUUAAUUAAAAUACAUUUUAAAACUGUAAUUUAGUAAAUUAAAUAUUCUCAAAAAAUCUAUUAAAUAUUAAAACAUUGCAAUUGCUACACAUUUGCUUAGAAAAUUGUGGUAUAGAAGAUAAAUUUAUUUAUACUUUAAAAUCAUUUAUUUUAAAAAAUAAAACACUAAAAUUUUUUUAUUGCAACUUGAGGUAAAAUAAGAUUACUGCUGAGGGUGGCAAUACUAUAUAAUAAGUAUAUCGUUUAGCUUAAAUUAAGGGUAGAUAUCAUAUUUAAUUAUAUGGAAAUAAGUACCUGGCAGAAUAAGGAUAGUAAAGUAUCAAAGCAGUAAAUAUUAAGGAAUAGGAUAGCUUUUUAGAAUUAUUUCGUAGUAUAAAAUAUUAUAAUAAAUGA